CGCUAGCGGAGUUAUGCCGGGAGCAGCUGUCCUGGGCCGGGGUGAGGGGAAGCCCUUGCACAGGGCUCUGUGGGUCCCGAGCACAAACAACGGCUGAGCGGGAUGAGAACAGCAUUGCGGAAAAGGACCUGGGGUUAUUGGUGAAGUAAAAGCGGUGUGUGAGGUAGCAGUGUGUACUUGCAGCCCAGAAAGUCGGCUGUAGCCUGGGCUGCAUCAAGAGAAGCGUGGCCGGCAGGUGGGAAAGAGGUGAUUCUGCUGCUCCACUUUGCUGUGGUCUGAUGAGACUUCAGCUGCACUACUGUGUUGGGCGUUGCGCUCUUCAGCCUUACAAGACAUGGGCUUGAUUUUUGCAGGGGAGGUUGAUCACUUUGGGUUUGACGAGAAUCUUACGUUCCAGCAGCGCUAUCUCAUCGCAGACCAGCACUGGAAGAAAGACAAUGGACCAAUAUUGUUUUAUACAGGCAAUGAAGGAGAUAUCACUUGGUUCUGCAACAAUACGGGUUUUAUGUGGGAUGUGGCUGAAGACCUUAAUGCCAUGUUAGUAUUUGCUGAACACAGAUACUAUGGAGAAUCUUUGCCCUUUGGGAAUGAGUCUUUCAGUGAUUCCAAGCAUCUGAACUACCUGACCUCAGAACAGGCUCUGGCUGACUUUGCAGUACUCAUUCAGUACUUAAAGACGACCAUUGCAGGAGCCCGUUACAGUCCUGUCAUAGCUAUAGGAGGAUCUUAUGGAGGAAUGCUUGCAGCCUGGUUUAGGAUGAAGUACCCCCAUAUGGUAGUUGGAGCUCUGGCAGCCUCUGCCCCGAUCUGGCAGUUUGGUGAUUUGGUUCCAUGUGGCAAUUUUUUUAGUGUAGUGACUAAUAAUUACAAAAUGGGUGGGAAGGGGUGUGCAGAAAGCAUCAGGAAAUCCUGGAAUGCCAUUAGCCACCUUUCUACAACAGAUGCAGGUUUGCAGUGGCUCUCCAGCACAUUUCAUUUGUGCAGCCCAUUAAAAAAUCUUCAGGAUGCUGCUCUGUUGAAAAAUUGGCUGACUGAAACAUGGGUAAAUUUGGCUAUGGUGAACUAUCCCUAUAAAGCUGACUUCUUGCAGCCUCUGCCAGCUUGGCCUAUACAGGAAGUCUGCAAGUACUUGAAGGAUCCCAGUCUUUCUGACAAAUUGUUGCUGCAGAAUGUUUUUCAGGCAGUAAAUGUAUACUACAAUUAUUCAGGAGAAGCCUCCUGCUUAGACACGUCUGAGACUGCAACAAAAAGUCUGGGCCUGUUCGGUUGGUACUACCAGGCUUGCACUGAGAUGGUGAUGCCCAUGUGCACAGAUGGUGUCAAUGAUAUGUUUGAGCCUCAGAAAUGGGACUUUGAUGCACUUUCAGAAGAGUGUGACAGGCUCUGGGGAGUGAGGCCUCGGCCCUCUUGGAUUCUUUCUAUGUAUGGAGGGAAAAACAUCACUUCACACAGCAACAUUGUCUUCAGCAAUGGUGGCCUGGACCCAUGGUCUGCAGGUGGAGUGACCCAGAACAUCACCGAUUCCCUUGUGGCAGUUGUGAUCCCAGAUGGAGCCCAUCACCUGGACCUCCGCAGCCGCAACCCUUUAGAUCCCAAAUCUGUGCAGCGAGCUCGAGCCUUGGAAAUCUACUACAUGAAGCAGUGGAUUGAAGAGGCCAGGCACAGCCACUGAAGUGGUAUUGCCUCAGCAGUGGCCAUUAAACCUCCAGAGGCUUUGCUGGGAGUAGGGCCAAGCCUCAUCACAUGGUCAUUUCAACAUUCCACUCCUGCUUCCUCACCUGUGUUGCAGUGCUAACUGUUGCUUGUGCCCAUGAGGGAAGCAGGUGGCAGAUGGAUGGAGAGCAUUUGCAGAUAAACUUUAGUCAAAAUGCAUGGAUUGAGCUGUCUGCUGUGGCUUGCUUUCCUCUUCUGCUCUUCUCAAGUGCUGUACUUUAAGAGAGUUCUUAUUCAAUGCUCAGCAUCUUCCUUGCCAUGCUCAGUGGCUGUCCUGACUGCUGGUAUAUACACUGAAUUAAAUGGUAGUGCUGUUGAUGAAACUUCUGCUGCCUUCAGCAGGACUGAAUCAGACAUCCACAGCUGGUGCAAGCUGUCAUGGCAAGCAGCACGGAGAUCCUCAUUGCAGUGUUUGGUGGAGAGAUGGGGAAGGCAUGGAGAAAAACUGGCUGUGCUGUUUGUAAAGAAAUUGAACAGGGUAAGCCCUUUGGAAUCAAUGCUGGAAAAGAGGUAAAUAUCCUUUCCCUUAGUUUUUCUGGCAGCUUAUUAACCAUAGCUGCUUUGGGUAUCUUUUCUGUGCUGUAGUGAAUAGUCAGGGCUGGCCCUGGACUCACUCUGCUGAUAACUGGCUGAGCAUGCACAAUCUGCUUCAAGGUUGUGUUUUUGUCCCUUUGCUGUUUGUCCUAAUUCUGACAUACCUGCCACUGUGUUGAUGGUUGCCAGCGAGCACCCUGGGUCUGCAUUGUAUGUUUGUGUGUGUGUACAUGUGUAUCCCCCACAAAUACUUUGCUUCUUUCCAACCAAUACAUCUUUCAAAGUAGCUCUCUUGAAGAGCAAAUGUGACACUUGUGCUGGCUAGAUCUUAUGAAGUAACAAAUAAUUGAGGCUGUGCCUUGUGUGGGCUCCUCCUCCCCCAUUCUGUGCAUUGUCCAAAUUCUGCAUGAUCUGUUUGCUGAUGGCUCUUCAAUAAAAGCCUUCUUUAAAAAAAGUUGUUUGCAGGACAAACUAUUCAAAAGACAGACUGCAGCUAGCCUCUCAGAUCGGCCUAAAGCCUGGUGCUGAGCUCAACAAGCCAGGUGCACUGGGCUUUCUGUAAGGCUUCCAAACCAGACAAACUGCCCUGAUUCAUGAGACAGCAUAUUUGACAUUAAUAAAUGGCUGGGGCAGUCCCCUCAUUUCCCAGCUUUGGCUUCAUUCAGACUGCAGCUCCUCUUUGGAAAGGAUUCUUUGCCAUUUGAAAGGACAACUCUAUCUCAGAGUCGGGUAAGGCUUCUUGUCCCCGGACUCUUUAAAGUCCAGUUCUGUUGAAAAGUUUUCUCAGCUUUGAUGAUAUGCCUGGUCGUUUCUGAAGACACCAGGUGGCCCUUUUCUGUUUGCAGUCUCCUCCCAUCCUCUGGGAACAAAGCAAAACCAACACUGACAUUUUAUCUUUUAAAACAUCCUUUGCAUCUUCUUUCUGAUAGUUCCCAGCGUUCCCUGGUCUUGUGUUAAAGAUGGCAUUUGUCUUCAGGCUCUGCAGUCUUGACCUCUCAUGCUCUUGAACAGGGUAAUUACUUAAAAGACUAUAGAGAACAAGACCCAGAGAAGAACCACAGUGGGGAAAAGAGCAGCUGUGCAGAACUUGCCUGAAACCUGUUGACCGAGAGGUGUUGGCAAACCACUUUGUCAAAAAUUGGAAGUGCUGAACUCUCCUGUGCUCAUUCUCCAGCCUCUUGUACUUUAUAAUGACACAGUGGCCCUGAAUAAAUAUGAUUGAGGUUUUAA